AUGCAUGGGAAAUCUAAUGUAAGCGACACAAAUCAUGGAUCAGCCGAGUACCAACUUGAUGCAUCAGAAAUCAACCAAAAGUUUCUGAACCUGACAGCUGAGGUGGAAAAUCUCAAAAAAGAAACUGAUAUUAUUCGGGAAGACAAACAUCUACUUCAAAACAGAGUAUUCUUUUUGGAAGAGGAGUUGAAACAAAAAGUCCAGAUAUUAUCGACAAUCGAACAAUUUGACAAAAAUCUUACGUAUCGAUUAAAUGAGACAGCAAAGAAAUUGGAGAAUCUUGAGGUAAAGAUGAGGUAUACAAGCCUAUCAUUGCUGGACAUCCAGUCCAUGACCGAAAAAUUGAAUGGUUCUUUAGUCAAAUACAUCGAAGAUAAAUUAAACAUUACUGAUGAGAAAUUAACGA